AUAGGGGGAGGUGGUCCAACUGCGGGAGGUACAGGAUGAAGAACACUACUCCACAACCCCCCCCGCACGGACAGCAUACUCCGCCCUCGUACCAGCAACCUCUCCCUGCGUACCAACCAAUGGGGGGGAUGUACCACCCAUCGCCAUUGGAGCCAUAUGGCUUCGCCCCUGUUCAGCAGCAGUUCGCACGAGCAGUUCCUCCAGCUCCGACAAUCUACCCGGGUCAGGCAUCGACUUCUACUAAUGGACAGUACAAUCAAAGUUAUGGACGGGGAAACGGGGGGAUCUACCAACCAAGAGCCUUCUUUACGAGGGAACACGCGAACUUCAUUGACAAGUUGAAGAUGAAGGAUGCCAUUGAAGAGGCACGAAAAAAAGACAUUGAAGAGAUAGCAAGGUUGAAGGAGUUGAGCCGUGAUUCUGAGAAAAACAAGGAGAAGGCGAGGAAUGACAGAAAGGCAAAAAAACAGAAUGAGAAGGACAAGGGGAAAGGUAAAAUGGUUGAAGAAGGGAAGGAUGAUGAGAUGAAAAGAUGGGUGGCAGACAAUUUUGGAAAUUCUUUGAAAAUCCUGAUGGAGAAGCUAGAAGUGGUUGAAAAGAAGUCAAGACUGAAAGAAAGUGAGGUGGAGGAGUUACAGAGAUUAAGAGCCGAGAAAGAAUUAAGGGAUCUUAGAGAAAGCUCUAGCAAUGAAAAAAUAAAAAGGGACACUGCAUCGCCAGGGCAGUCGCGAGUGGGGAAGGUGAGAUCUCGUUCUGGCUUACUGAGGAGAGGGGGUAAGAAGAAGACACUUGUGGAAGUGUCCUCAGAUAAGGAAGGCAAGUACAUUGUAGUCCAAAUUUUGAAGGGGAAAUUGGAUGAAUCAGGGGGGAAUCUCAAGGAGGUGCUUGUGUUAAAGGAUCUCAUUGAGGAGUUACUAGCAUCCAAAAGCGCAGCAGGGAGCUCAUCGGGAGGUGAUGGAGGGAAAUUGAAAGGUGGCGAUAAACAGGCGGAACCUUAGCAAGUGGAAAAGGCUAAGGAUGUAACAGAUAAGACCGCGGAACCUGAUCUG